AGAUGGUGGACUACAUACACUUGAUGCGCGUGCGUGCAGUGCUGUGAGUAAGCACUACGUUUCCUAUGGCCCGGUGUUUCGGAUGCAGUCUAUCCAAAACAUUGCCCCUGUUUUUUAAAGAGCUGACAAGUGUUCUAGUUAUUAUGAGUUGGAUGUGUUAACUCUGCUGGAAUACUGAUAAUAAGAACGCACCAUAAGAGCACGGGAAUAUUACUAGCACAGCCUUGGAGUAUCGCUUGGUAAAAUGCAUAGAGACAAGUAUGAAAUCACCCCGGAACACAGGACCAAGUUGACUGAUCGGCUUACGUCGUACUGUGGUAACAUCCGAAGUCUCCUGCUAGGCGGGAUAUUGACAGGUCGAAGGUCAACUUAUCAGGUGGACGAGUUUCCGGAUGAGGGACAUGCGCAAACUAACCGGAAGGAAAAGGAUGGAAAAGAGGAUACCCAGCUGAAGCCGAGAUGUGUUGACCUCCAGCGCACGUUUAACAGGAGCGUACAUCGCACGAGCGCCUACGAGAUCCCGAACCUGAUAUUAAGACGGGGCCAGACAUUCGACAUCAGCAUCACAUUCGACAGAUCAUUUACCGAGUCUACAGACGACAUCGUCCUCAAAUUUGUGACAGGACGCCAGCCGUUACAGAGCAAGGGGACGGUCGUACCAGUCACCAAAGUCCGAGAGAUCUCCCCGGGUAAAUGGGGCUACCAGAUACUUGGGGUCGAGGACAAAAAGGUCAACAUUAAAGUGUGCUCCGGAAGUGACGCAAUCGUCGGCAGGUACCAGUUAUUUAUCGAUACAACACACAAGGAAAAUGACGGCACUAUCGAGACGUGUCGCUACAGUCACCCUGACGACAUAUACGUCAUCUUCAACCCAUGGUGCCCAGACGACCUGGUGUUCCUCGAUGACGAGAACCUGCGGCAAGAGUACGUGGUAAAUGAGACCGGACGGAUAUGGAUGGGAACUGUCCGGAAGUUCUGUGUCCGCCCGUGGAAUUUCGCCCAGUUUGAUGAUGUUUGUCUCGUGGCAGCUCUGGCCAUGAUGGAGAAAUCCGAACUGGGGGAUCCGGCCAGGGGAAAUCCUCUACUGGUCGUCCGUGCUCUGUCACGUGUGAUCAACAACAACGAGCGGGAUGGGGGAGUGUUGAUUGGGAACUGGUCCGGCAAAUAUGACGAUGGUGUCGCGCCAUAUGCAUGGAAUGGAAGUGCCGCCAUUUUGGAAGAGUUCUUGAAGAAGAGGAAGGGCGUUAAGUUCGGACAGUGCUGGACUUUCGCAGCUGUUGCCACCACAGUGUUUCGCGCCCUGGGAAUACCGACAAGAUGUGUGACCAACUUCAGGUCUGCGCAUGACAGCGACUUCAGCACGCAGAUCGACAACUUUUGGACGGAGAGUGGCAAGCCUCGGAAAAUGAUGAAUGACACAAUAUGGGAUUUCCACGUCUGGAACGAGUCCUGGUUUCGCCGUUCGGACCUCCCCAGUGGUUAUAAUGGUUGGCAGGCCUACGACCCGACUCCACAGGAGUGUUACGAAGGUGUGUUUACCUGUGGUCCUGCCUCGGUGAAAGCCAUCCGCGACGGAGAGCUCUAUCUGGGGUUCGAUGCCAAGUUUCUGUUUGCGGAGGUAAACGGCACGCGCGUUCACUGGACUGUGGACGCGGAGGGGAACAUGGAGCCGAUAGAGGAGGAACGUGACAUCGCUGGGCACUUUAUUAGUACCAAGGCAGCGUCAACCAUCUCCCGAGAGGACGUCACACACUGCUACAAACACCCUACAGAUUCCCAGGAGUACGCAGCCGCCAUGGAGCGGGCCAAUAACCUGUCCUGUCGAAACUGGAAACCAAUUAAAAGUCCAGGCGCGUGUGAUGUAGACUUUACAUUCAGCGGAGAGAUGAAGAAAAAUGGCGAUAUCCAUAUCAGUCUGGGCAUGUUUAACACCAGCGUUGAAAGUCGAGUAGUGGAGGGAAACAUCGUAGCUAUUUCAACUAAGUACACCUCAGUGCCAGCCACAGAACUCAGAGAGAGCACCGCUACCAACAUCCUAGAACCGGCGUCAGACGGGGAACUGUCAUUAACUGUUAAAUGCUCAGACUACAUCAACAACAUUGAUCCGGAUAGUCACGUCAGCAUAUACGUCAUGGCAACUGUGAAGGAGACCGGUCAGCACGUCAUCAAAAGGGAUAUAUUUAGAGCCGAGCACCCGAACCUAGACCUGAAGGCGGAGGGGACGGCCACGGUUGGGAAACCCCUGGACGUCAUUAUCAAGCUGGUCAAUACACUGUCUGUACCCCUGUCUGGAGGAUACAUCAACCUAGAGGGCCCGGGCAUGCAUAAACCGUCCGCUGUAAAGAUCAAGAAAUCUAUUGCCCCGGAUGAAGAAAUCAGGGAGACAAUACAGAUAAAACCGAGGCGUGCUGGAAGGCGAGAAAUAAUCGCUUGUUUUCAGUGUAAACAAAUAUGUGACGUCACUGGAGUAAUUGAAAUAGAAGUUGUUGGAGAAAAGUGAACAAUUCUUAUGCGACAUGGUGGUAUAGCGUGCUUAACGCGUGUGGCGGGCUAAAACUAUUUGAUCCGUGUAUUACUAAAAUAUCUGUGUUAGUGUGUGGUGUGCUAUACUUAUGUAUUUAAGGUGUAUUGCGUCAAUAUGUGUGUGGCGUACAAUGCAAGUCGUAAGUAAAAUAAAGUGUCACAGUCGCGUGAUAUACUCUGGACGUGCUAUACUUGUGUGGCGUACGUUACUUGUGUGAAAUAUCAUGAUAAUUGUGUGGCGUCCUUAAAGUUCAGUGUAUGGCGUGUUAUACAUGUGUGGCGUGUAUAUGUAUAUGUUUUAUUUGUGUGUAUGAGGUGCUGUACUUAUUAGCGGGAUCUAAUUGUGUAGCAUGAUACUCUUGUGUCUAUACUUAUGUGGCAUGUAUAUGUGAAUGGUGUGUUCGACUUGUGCGGCGUGGUAUUCUUGUAUGGCGUGUUUUACUUGUGCGGCGUGCUAUACUUGUAUGGCGUGUUUGACUUGUGUGACGUGCUAUACUUGUAUGGCGUGUUAUACUUGUGUGACGUGCUAUACUUGCAUGGCAUAUUUGACCUGUGCGGCGUGCUGUAAUUGUAUGGCGUGUUAUACUUGUGUGACGUGCGAUACUUGUAUGGCGUGUUAUAUUUGAGUGACGUGCUAUACUUGUAUGGCGUGUUAUACUUGUGUGACGUGCUAUACUUGUAUGGCGUGUUUGACUUGUGCGGCGUGCUAUACUUUUGCGGCGUGUUAUGCUUGUGCGGCGUGCUAUACUUGUGUGACGUGUUAUACUUGUGUGACUUGUUAUACUUGUGCGGCGUACUAUACUUGUGUGACGUGCUAUACUUGUGUGACGUGCUUUACUUGUGUGACGUGCUAACCUUGUGUGACGUGCUAUACUUGUAUGGCGUGCAUUAUUUGUAUGGCGUGUUAUACUUGUGUGACGUGCUAUACUUGUAUGGCGUGUUUGACUUGUGUGACGUGCUAUACUUGUGUGACGUGUUAUAUUUGUGUGACGUGCUAUACUUGUGUGACGUGCUAUACUUGUAUGGCGUGUUUGACUUGUGGGACGUGCUAUACUUGUAUGGCGUGCUUUAUUUGUAUGGCGUGUUAUACUUGUGUGACGUGCUAUACUUGUGUGACGUGCUAUACUUGUGCGGCGUGCUAUACUUGUGUGAUGUGCUAUACUUGUGCGGCGUGCAUUAUUUGUAUGGCGUGUAAUACUUGUGUGACGUGUUUGACUUGUGCGGCGUGCUAUACUUGUAUUGAGUGCUAUACUUUAAUAACGUUUUUUAUUUGUAUGUCGUUCUAUUCUUGUAUACAUAUGUGUCGGACUUGCGUGGUGUUCUAUACUUGUGUGACGUGCGAUACUUGUAUGGCGUGUUAUACUGGUGUGAUGUGCUAUACUUGUAUGGCAUGUUUGACUUGUGCGGCGUGCUGUAAUUGUAUUGAGUGCUAUACUUGUAUAACGUGUUUUAUUUGUAUGUCGUUCUAUUCUUGUGUCUAUACCUAUGUGUUGGACUUGCGUGGUGUGCUAUACUUGAGCAGCGUUCUAUAAUUGUAUGGCGUGCUACAUGUAUACUUGUAUGACAUGCUUUAUUUGUGUGGCGUGCUCUACUUGUAUUUCAUAAAAAAAGUUGCGUGGCUAUAACAUCUGUGUGGCGUGCAAUACAUGUGUGACAAAUACAAGUAUGCCACUGUGGCAUGUUAUACAUGUGCUUCCUAAAUAAUUAGGUGUUGUACUCCUGUGACUUUUAUUCCUGCGCUACGUUUAUACUGGAUUGGCACGCUAUACUCGUUUGGCCUGCUAUACCUGUACGUUGCGCUACAUUUGCAUUACGUAAAUAAUUAUGCGGCGUGCUAUACUUAUGUAACGUUCCAUAUCUGUGCACUGUAAUAUACUGAAAGCAUAAAAACUGAAACUUUCAAUUGACAAGCGCAUGGGGUUUAAAGGGAGAUAAAUAUGUGCAACAUAAAUUAUAGACAGGAAGGAUGCAAUUGCUUCGCAGAGUUCAUGGUAGACAAAGGGAAAAUGGGCAAAACAUUAUUUAGAAUGCUAUGUUCCAACAGAAGAUCAGGACAGGUCACGGGAUAAGUGGUUAAAACAUCAGUUAGAGUGGUCAGGGUUGCUAUUCUUCCGACCGAAGGCAAUAAGUGCAAUUUCUUUUACAUUUUAUUUACAUGUAAGUGCAAUAUUUUCAUAUUAAAUAUGCAAUUGUGAUAUUAACAUUGAAUUAACAUCUACUACUUAUCCUUUAACUGUUUCUACAUUUCUUAUGAUUAAUAUUAAAUUACCUUUCUGCCUA